GGCCCUCGACGCCGAGCCGCCGGCAGCUGUAGCCCGAUGGCAGACGUGCUGACGCUGGACAUCGGCGACCCGCAGAUCCUGGUCCACUACCCAGAUGAUGAGAACGGCUUCCUCUGGCACCACAGAGUGCUGCUCUUCAGGGUGUCGGACGACAUCUGGAUCAGCUUGACCCCUGAUCUCGCGCUGGUGCGCCUGAAGCUGCUGGACAUCCGGCACGAGGUGCUGGAGAGGCGAGCCCCGUUCCCCGCCCACCUGGGCAACCAGGUCUAUGCCCACGACCCCAUCGCCGCCGCCGCCCUGGCGGGCUUCCGCCGCCGUGCGAAGAUCCAGGGGCAGCUGCUGGGCGUGGGCCAGGUGGACGUGGUCGAGAGGAUGAUCUGGGUGGUGGCCGAGCCCCGGUCGGCGAAGUUCGGCGAGGUGAUCGACGCGGCCGUCAUGGACGACGACGCCCGCGGCACGGGCUUCGACACGAAGGGGGUGGCGGUCGUGGACGGGGAGGAGAUCUUCGUGCAGAAGAUCGCGGCCAGCAAGCUCGACGACUUCAAGAGGGAGACCAAGGCGGACCUCGGAGACGUGCGCACGCUCGGGGACCACCUCGACGAUGCUGGGCAGCGCUGUCUGAGGCUCUCGGAGGCGGUCGCGCUGAUGAGAGACACGGAUCAGCCGAACUUCCCGCUCGCCGGCGUGAGGAGCGUGAAGGAGUUCCUCGAGUCGGUGGCCUCCGGACCUGGCAACAUGACAUCGUACCAGGCGGAGUGGGAGCGGCUCAGCGGAGUCGGUGAGGGUUCGGCAGUCAACCAUGUGCACCGCAACCUGUGCGAGGUGAUUCGGCUCAUGCACUCCUGGGACCAGGUCGACGCCUCCAUGUUGGCCUCUGCGGAGCUGAUCGUGCGCUGGCUGGUUCAGACGGAGAUAGCGGUAGAGCGCAACCCGCGCCACCCUGACUACAGCGGGCUGGACAUAGUGAUCUCGGCCCCGGUGAAUGCAGCUGGCCGCGCGACGACGAACAAGUUCAACUCCUGGGUCACCGACAAGCUCAAGGAGAGGGCGCAGAUCUGGAAGCAGGAGCGCCUGUACCGCGAGGAGCAGAAGACGAACCUGAAGGAGGGCAAGGGCGGCGACGGCUACGACCCGUCCAAGAAGAAGCUGAAGAAGAGAGGGGGCAAGGCCGGCGCCGAGGGCGCCGGCGAGGGAGGGCACCUCCGGCCGACCGCCGUGCAGCAGUGGAUGAUCCAGAAUGUCGCCCGGCGUGUACUGGCGUAUGGGGAUUGCCCCACUGACCUCACAGAGGAGUCAUCGUUGCACGAGAUCCUCGACUCGAGAGACCACUACGGGAUGGAGCCCAAGAACUUGGCCAGCUUCGACUUCGACAAGGUCAAGAUCCUGCACAGGAAGGUCCACGUUCGGCCGAUACGCCGGGAGUUGCCCGCGUCGGCCGCUGGCUACCUUCGGCAUGCUUCCGACUUGAUCGAGAUGGACGAAGCGGAGCUUGAGAGAGAUCGUGCCGAGGGAGUGGGUGUCACGCCAUACUGGGACCCCCUCCUCCGGCGCUCGCGAGACCUUCGGAAGCGACUGUACCAGCGCCUGGACCAGCAGGGCCUGCUGACUUGGCGCCGGCGGCUGAAGGGGCAUGCGGGCAUCUUCGUGGUCAAGAAAAAGGAUGGGCUCCAGAGGUUGAUCAUCGACGCCCGAGCGGCCAAUCGGGCGCAUCGGCCACCUCCCACUACUCGGCUAGGCUCCUCGCGAUGCAUGGCCGACCUCGACCUCUCCGACCCCCGCCUGAUGGCAUCGGGCUUCGGGGGCCUCGGCUCUGGGGCCUUCAGCCCAGCCGGCCGCGAGGGGGACGUCGGGGACUGUUUCUACAACUUCACCAUCCCCGAGCUGGCGAGCUGGUUCGGCUUCGCAGACCAGUUCGGCACCCACGAGCUGACGGAGAUGGGCUGCCUGCCGGACUCGAUCUGGGACGACGCCGAGGGGGCCGAGACCAAGGUCGUGGACGGCGAGCUGCUCUACCCCUGCAUGUGCGCGGUGUGCAUGGGCUGGUCCUGGGCGCUCUACUUCGCCAACGAGGCCGUGACCUACCGAGUCCAGCGGGCGCUGCCCGACGGGGCCGAGAAGGUGAUGAGGGAGAUGCAGCCUGCCCCGACCAUCGAGCCCGGCAAGUGCGUGGCCGGAGUGUACGUGGACAACGUGCAGGUGAUCGGAGGCUGCGAGGCUGACGCCAACACUCAGAUGCAUGAAAUCGAGAAUCUUUUUCGAGAGGACCGAAUACCUUUCGACGUGGAGCCAGGGGACAGUUUGGAGAUGCAGUCCCUCGGCCUGGUGUACCACUGGCAGGAGCGUCGCCUGAGGCAUGUGGCUCGGCGCGUCUGGCGGACCUACAUGGCCGGACACGCCCUUUUGAGACGCCGCAAGCUCCACGGGCACGCGCUCCAGUGCUGGCUGGGGCACGUCGUGAACCUGAACCAGCUCUGCCCCGAGGCGAUGUCCGCGCUGAACGCCUGCUACCGCUUCAUCGAGGAGUCGCUGGAGUCGCCCAAGCGGGUCUGGCCCUCCGUGAAGUCCGAGAUCCGCUGCUCGAUGAACUUGCUCUUCCUGAUGGAGGCGGACUUAGGCGCGACCUACUCGGACCAGGUGUACUGCGGGGACUCGUCCGGCCGCGGCUACGCACUCCACGUGACGACCGCCGAGCCGACCGAGCUCCGAGAAGCCUGGAGGUGGAGAGAACGCUGGCGGUACCGCGACGUCCCGACGGUGACGGGCCACGUCAGCAGCGGGCUCGACUACGUGCGCGGCGGCACGCCCGGCACCGCCACUGGCCCGAGGACCGCCUUCGGCCAGUCCCUGCUGAGUCAGGCGGAGGCGCCGGAGGAGGCGAGCGGCCUGGCUCCCUCUCCGGCCCGAAGCCGCGCUGCGAAGCCGGCUCGAGGCCGCACCCAGCUGCAUCUUGACUCGGGCAUCCCCGCCUUGGAGGACAGCUGGGUGGCCAGGCGCCGCUACAAGCUGGUCGCCGCGGACCGCUGGCGCUGGCAGGACGAGCACAUCAACCUCAAGGAGGCGAGGGUCGCCUUGAUGGGGCUCCGGCGGCACUGCCGAUCGGUGAAGUUCAUGGGCACAAAGCUGCUCUCGAUCAGCGACAGCCAGGUCACCGUCGGGGCCUUCGAGAAGGGCCGCUCCAGCGCGGGCCUGCAGGCCCUCUGCAGGCGCGCAGCCGCCUACCGCCUGGGGGGGCAGAUCUCCUGGCGGCUCAGGUACAUCGAGACUGACCGUAACCCGAGUGACGAGGACUCCCGGCGCUGGGACCUGAAUAAGCCGGCUGGGCUGAACCGGGGGCCCGAGCGUCGAGACGCCGCCCCGAGCCUGUCCGCUCCAGCUGCGACCUGCCAGGCCGCCGACUCGUUCCUCGAGCACGACCCGAUCAUCCAGUUCGGCCAGGACUCGCUGAUCAUGGCGACGGUGACCGGAGGCACGCUGGAGAGGCACGCGACGGCGGUCCACGAGUUCGAGACCUACGCGAAGGAGAGGCGCCUGCCGCUGCAGCCGCUAGCACGCCUGGACGACAGCCUCUCCCUCUACUUCGUGGACCUGUUCGACGACGGCUUCGGGGUCUGGGAGGGGCGCAACGCUUUCUACGGGUACAAGCUGCUGAAGCUCAGGACGACAGGCAAGGUCGACCUCCCAAAGGCGCUGGCCUCCCUGAAGGGUUGGACGAAGCGGGCGCCCGGGAGGAUGCGUCUGCCGCUGCCCGACAUCAUCGUGGACGACAUCGCGCUGGACCUGGUGGAGCACGGGAACCCCCUGAUGGGGGCCGCGGUGGUGAUCCAGACAGACACCUACACGCGGCCCUCCGAGGUGGUGGGCCUGAGGCAGGGCCAGAUCUUGCCGCCGGCGCCGGUCGCGAAGCUCGGCGCGCACUAUGGCAUCGUCAUCGCGCCCUCGGAGUGGCGCGAGACCACGAAGACGGGCGGCCAGGACGACAGCCUGCUCGUGGGCGACGUGGCGAGACCCUGGCUCACGAGCGUGCUGCGGCUGCUCCACAAGCCCAACGUGUCGGACAAGAAGAAGAUCUUCGACUUCACCCUCGGCGACUACGAGCGCGAGGUGAAGAAGUCGGCCUGCCGCCUGGGCUACACCUCCCUGGGCGUGUGCCCGCACGUCUUCCGGCACUCAGGCGCCAGCAACGACAAGGCGCACUCCCGGAAGACGUUGAAAGAGGUUCAGAAGCGCGGACGAUGGGCAUCAUCCGCGUCGGUGGCUCGCUACGAGAAGGGGGCCCUGAUCUUGCAGCAGUUGCGCAAGGUUCCCUUGGCCAGGCAGAAGAAGGCGGCGGAGCGCAGCAAGCGCCUGCCGCAGGCGGGGGUCGUGGGCUCUAGGGCUAAGCCGAAGCCCUCGGAGCUUUUCAUUGUGCCGAGCCCGAAUGGCCACGAGGUUCUGCACUGUGGGAAAGGUGGCGCCUCGGCGGCACAGGCCCCGGGCAAGCGGCUGUCCCGGCGCGGUCCUUCUGCGGGGCGCGGCCGAGGAGGAGGAGGAGGAGGAGGAGGAGGAGGAGCCCCUCCCCCCCUUUGCCGCGGAUGCCGGCGGCGCUGCGGGCGCUCCUUCUCGCGCCGCCUCUCGCGGCCUGCCUGCCCGAGGUGUUCGGCAGGCCUGGCGCUAGCUCCCCCGUGCCGCCCGACACGGCUCGGUACAUGCUCGACCUGGAGCCUGCAGGACAUAUACCUCCACUACUGCGGCGACGGCCAGCUGUUCAGCCUCCGCCUCUCGCCUGCCCUCGUUCGUCACCUCGAGUCGGUUGCUGGGCCGGGCGGCAUGCCGUCGUUCUACGGGGUCGGCGACCUGACAGAGCAGGGCACCUUCGACUGGGGCGCGAGCACCGUGCCGACCUGGUCGGGCGGCGCCGGGGCGGACGCGAGGCACGUGUUCUACGGGCGGGAGGUCCGGGGCGCGGGGGGGGCGCUGUACGGGAACGCCAUCCACCUCUCGCUCGGGCCGGAGGAGGACCCGGAGGGCUGGACCGCGGAGGAGGUGGAGGAGAACAGGAAGUUUGCCGAGGCCAUCCGCCAGGGCAUGCCCGUUCGCGACGCGGACGCGGCCUACAGGCAGUUCCGCAGCGGCAUCGCCGCGAAGCUCCCGGCGGGCUUCGCGGACCGCUUCGGCGCGGGGGUGACGACGAAGGCGCACAGGUUCGCGUGGCAGAUGUACACCGCGGAGUCGCAGCAGGAGAGCCUCAAGCCCGGCCGCCUCUUCUUCGAGAUGUUCCCCGGCGGCGAGCCGCCCACGAGCACCGUCCCCUUCCUGGAGCGCCCCCCCAGGACGGGUGCAAGGGCACGCCGACGCCCAGCGCGAGGGCGCCCGAGCUCCUGGGCGAGUCUGCCGCGCCCCCGGGCGGGCGGCGCC